UUUUUUUUCCUCGCUUUGGAAAAAAAAAACCCUAGCUUCCUCCAUCUCUCACCGAUGGUCUUGGUCGCAUAGCCAUUCGCAGAUCUGGUUAUUAGUUUUGAAAAUUUUGAGACUUUGCAGAUGGAUAAAAAACCUGCUUCCUCGCCAUGGGAGCGAGCCCAAUCUCUAUUCGAUAAGAUUACUGAGUUAGAAGCGAAGCGUAGGAAGGCUGCACAGUCUAGGACCUCGUCUGACCCCAAUUUGUUGUGGCAGCAAAUUCGCGAGAAUUACGAAGCUAUCGUUCUCGAAGAUCAUGCUUUCUCUGAGCAGCACACUAUUGAGUUUGCGCUGUGGCAGUUGCAUUACAAACGGAUUGAAGAAUAUAGAUCAAACAUCAAUGCUGUCGUGGCUUCUAGUAGCUCGAAUGUGGCUCAGAAUGCUAAUGGUCCUUCUGUGCAGGAACGAGUUGCAAGAAGCAAGCUGCAUUUCAGAAAUUUUCUUUCGGAAGCAACUGGGUUUUACCAUGAGAUGAUUUUGAAAAUUAGAGCAAAGUAUGGUCUUCCCUUGUGUUACUUUUCCGAGGAUCAAGAGAGUCAUAAUUUGGCUGAUAAGGAUGGGAAGAAGUUGGCUCAAGUUAAAAGAGGCUUGGUGUCUUGUCACCGUUGUUUAAUAUACCUUGGUGAUCUUGCUCGGUAUAAAGGGUUGUAUGGAGAGGGAGAUUCUAAGAACCGCGAGUAUGCUGCUGCUUCGGGUUACUAUUUGCAAGCAGCUUCUCUAUUGCCAGCCAGUGGAAACCCACAUCAUCAGCUUGCUAUAGUUGCUUCUUAUUCCGGGGAUGAGUUUGCAGCAACAUAUCGUUAUUUCCGGAGCUUGGCCGUGGAAAGUCCUUUCCCAACUGCCCGUGACAACUUAAUUGUUGCUUUUGAAAAGAAGAAUCGUCAGAGUUAUGCCCAGUUGCUUGAGGCUUUCAAAGACUCAUCUAGAAAGCCGAAUGGUAAAGGAAGAGGUAAAGGCAAAGACAAUCCAUCGGAAGAUGCGAACGUGGCUUCUGUUCCUGAGAAGGAUAAAGUAACUAGUGCAAAUGAGAUGCUCAAAGCGUUUUGCAUCAGAUUUGUUCGUCUCAACGGGAUUCUUUUUACUCGAACAAGCCUGGAGACAUUCUUUGAUGUUCUUGCGUCCACUAGCAUCAGUCUGCGAGAGCUGAUUACUUCAAGCUUAAUGGAAGAGCUGAUUUUUGGCAAAGACAACAGUGAGAGCGCCCUCUUCAUUGUUAGACUCGUGACGAUUCUUAUAUUUAGCGCCCAUAGCACUAAGAAAGGGACAGGCCCUAAGAAAGAGACAGACGGUCAGUCAUAUGCCGAAAUUGUACAGCGUGUGGAGCCUGCUAGAAACUCCUUAACAGCAAGUUUCGAGUUACUUGGACACGUAAUAGAGCAGUGUGCGCAACUGCGUGAUCCUUCGUCAAGUUAUUUCUUACCUGGUGUCUUAGUUUUUGUUGAAUGGUUGGCAUGUUGUCCUGAUAUUGCAUCGAGCAGUGAUCCUGAUGAAAGACUUACUGCUGUGAGAAACAGAUUUUGGAACCAGUGUGUUACCCUCUUCAAUCAAAUCUUGUCGCUUGGGCCUAUGUAUAUUGAUGAUGUCGAAGAUGAGACUUGCUUCUCAAACAUGAGCAUGUAUGAUGAACGAGAAACUGAAAACCGACUUGCACUGUGGGAGGACUAUGAAUUAAGAGGAUUCUUGCCAUUGCUUCCGGCUCAGACUAUUCUUGACUUCUCAAGAAAACAUUCCUUUGGUACUGAAGGUCCCAAGGAAAAGAAAGCUCGUAUUAAGAGGAUCCUAGCAGCCGGAAAAGCCUUGACCAGUGUGAUCAAGGUUGAUCAGAAUUGUGUGUAUUUUGAUUCAACGAAGAAGAAGUUUCUUGUUGGUGUUAAACCGUCAGGUAACGUGCUGGAUUCUCAUUCAAGCCCACCCGAAGCUGAUAAUGCGUUGCAAGAUAGCCAAGCAACGAUGAAUCAUAAUAUGCCAGUGACACAACGAGUUCAGCAGAUUUACUUGGGUGAGGAAGAUGAUGAUGAAGAAGAGAUUGUUUUCAAACCUCUAGUUACUGAGAAGAGGAAUGGGGCUUCUGACCAAACCUAUGUUCCCAACGGAGGCUUGAGGAAUCCUGAUCAAGUUCCUAACGGAGGCUUCAGGAAUCCUGAUCAAGUUUCUAACGGAGGCUUCAGGAACCCUAAUCAAGUUGUUACUAUGGGAGAAGACUUGAAAGCUUUGACAGUUUCAGAUGCAGCCUUUCAUGGAAAUAUGCUUCUGCAGGCAAGAGGCAACGCAAAUGUUCAAGUGCCUGCGUCUGUUGGUUCGAACCUUCUGGGACAUCUUCUGCCGUCAACCCAGUCCCAGGUUGUGCAGUUGCAACAACCUCAGACACAGGCAGUGCAUCCUCAGCAAGCUCAAUCGCUGGCUUCUGCACGACUUCAACCCCAGCAAUCACAGGUCGCACAACUUCAACCACGGUCUGUGCACUUUCAGCAAACUCAGGGACAGGUUUCAAAUGUUUCACCGGCCCAGUCACAAUCUACUUCCCUUAACUGGUUACCAAAAGAAGCUGCUAGGAGCCUAUCUGGUUAUGCCCAGAUGGGUAAUGGUCUUGUGAUGAGGAACGAGAUGCAAGGAAAUCAAGGAUUUUCGUAUUACCCUGCACACUCAUUACCGAUCCACCAGUCUUUCACUAAUGUCAAUGGUAUGGGUGGUAUGCCAUAUUCUCAGUCACGAACACCCGAAGCUGUGUUGCCACCAGCCAUGAUUAAUGCUGUUUCAUCCUCUGGAGUUAUUGCUGAUGGUCUGGGUGUGCAGCAGUCUUCACUAGCAAGAAAAAAUCCAAUCGGUAGAGCCUCUAGGCAUCUUGGCCCUCCACCUGGGUUUAAUUCUGUCCCCUCUAAGCCAGCACCUGGUCCGGAUAUGGCUGGUAACAAUCCACAGGUUGAUGACUACAGCUGGUUGGAUGGAUACCAAGGCCAACCUUCUCGGGGCACCGGUUUCAACACUUCUUUGAAUUACGCCUCUCCCGGCAACGGACUGAACGGGCCUGCUAACUUUCCGUUCCCUGGAAAACAAGCUCCAGCACCACAGAUCCAAGAAGAGUUUCCUUAUAUUCAGCAUCCUCAGAAAGACAAGGAUCAAUCAGCUCAACUCCCCGAUCAAAAUCAAGGACAGCCCGGUCGUCGCUUUGUGUGAGGUGGGAAUGGAACAGUAACACGGUGAGUGUUACGCAAUGUUUUCUGCUACCUAACUCCAACUUAGCCUCGUUGUGUUGAAGUCUCUCUUUGUUGGAGUAUUUGUAGCCUUGGCUUCUUGUGGGGCACUUCCUACCUGACAGAUUCAGGACACAGCUCAUGUUGGUGAAGGAGACGUAUGGUAACAAGAAUGAAUGGUUUCUGCGGAAUUUGAUAGGAGUAAAGUGCCUUUUAUCUUGCUACUUGAAGUGGAGUUGUUCAGACCAUAUGAAUGAAUAAGCUCUCGCUCUGUGGAUGAAGCACACUUUAUCCUCCUGUUAUCUUUUAUUUAUUUUCUUGCGAAUAAUGUUUAAGCUGUUCUCUUGCAGCGAAUUUUACUCUCUUGGGUUGCUCUUUGUUCUGUGUCUUUUCUCGAAACUUACUCUGUUUUGCUCUGUCGUUUUAAGUUGAACAUUUUAUAAGGUGUGUCAAAACUCUGCAAGUGGGAUUUGAAUAAAGACUCGUUUCUC